CUGGUUAAAAGCUUCUUUGCUGCUACUCCCAAGUCCGCUCCAGUUAAUGGUGUGUAAACAGAUGGUCUGUAAGACAGGCUGCAGUCACUGCUAUCGGGUGGUUUUGGCGGGAUAUCAUCAAGUAUUUGAGGCCUUAUUUAAUCGGACGUUGUCAGCAUUGUAGAUGGAGGCGUUUGUUUAAACGUAAACCGAACAUACGGGUUCCUCAGGGGAAGCUCGGCUAACUUGUUAGCUUAGAUCUGUUAGCAGACGUGCUGUGUGACAUUCCAGCUUUUUUCUUUUUAAACUCUCGGUUACAACGCCUGAGACAUUUUACUCCCACACCCGAGUGAAUAUGGUGCGGUUAGCUGGUGUUUGCGGCAAAAAAUGCGCUAGUUAGCAAGUUUAGCUAACGUAAGUUGUUGAAGUGACAGUGUAUGCAGGAGGCCCGAGUCACAUCUGCCGGACAUAUUUAGUCUAAAACACAUUUUAGCAGACUGAGAUGACACCCUCGUCUCACAGCACAUAAACUACACGGUUAGCAGCUGUGUCAAAGUCUCUAAAGCUUUAGUGGCUCGCUAGCUCGCCAGGCUAGGCUAUGACAUGGUAGGAGUGGAAGAAACCUUGCCCACCGACACCCUUACAAAAUUCAGCAUCUGUCGGGGGCUUUUUUUGUGGUGAUAUCCGAAGCUCAGUCCGGUUUUGGAGAAGCAGGAUCAUCAUCGGCGUGUGCUGAUGUUGUGUGACUGGCCUGCUCAUCUGGAUCUGCGCACAUUGCUCUCUGCUUGACCUCAGCUGGUCUUUCUCCUGAUCAAGUUACUGAACAACGACCGCUAUGUCUGACAACCAAGGCAAUGUGAACAACAACGUCCCACUGAACAACAACAAUAACGGUGGGCCGAACCGGAUCCGGAACCCCGCAAUGAACCAGAACCCCCUGAUCAACGUGAGAGACAGACUCUUCCACGCCUUGUUCUUUAAGAUGGCAGUCACUUACGCCAGACUGUUCCCACCGUCCUUCAGACGAAUAUUCGAGUUCCUCGUCUUGUUAAAGGCAUUGUUUAUGCUCUUCAUCCUGGCCUACAUCCACAUCGCUUUCUCACGCUCUCCGAUCAACUGCCUGGAACAUGUGCGGGAGAAAUGGCCCCGCGACGGCAUCCUGCGCGUGGAGAUCCAGCGCAACUCCAGCCGCGCACCCAUCUUCCUGCAGUUCUCUGAGACGGAGGGAAUCCAGGGCCUCGUGAAAGAACCAGAGGAUGGGAGUGAAACCAGAGAGCCGAUGGUGCCCACUGACGCUGAAGAGGAGGAAGAGAUGACCAUGGAGAUGUUUGACAACAGCACAGUACGGUUCGAGCUCGACAUCGAGCCGCGUCUGAAUCCGUCGAUGAGUGGCGGUGUCCCUGGCUCCAGCCUGAACGAAUCCCAGGAUCUGUCCUUCAGCCAGGCCCCCUCUAAAGGUAUGCAGCCGCUGAGGGAGACUGUCUCCGAGAUUGAGAUGCUAACUCGAGCAGUGUGGCCCCAAGAAGAGUAUAUUGUUGAAUAUUCGUUGGAGUAUGGUUUCCUACGGCUGUCCCAGGCCACACGGCAGCGACUCAACAUCCCUGUUAUGGUGGUGACCCUGGACCCCAUGAAGGAUCAGUGUUUUGGAGAUGGUUUCAGUCGCUUCCUCCUGGACGAAUGCCUGGGUUAUGAUGAUAUCCUGAUGUCCAGCGUGAAGGCUUUAGCAGAGAAUGAGGAAAACAAAGGGUUUCUGAGGAACGUGGUUUCUGGAGAACACUACCGCUUCGUCAGUAUGUGGAUGGCUCGCACCUCCUACCUAGCAGCCUUUGUUAUCAUGGUUAUCUUUACUCUAUCCGUGUCCAUGCUGCUGCGGUACUCGCACCACCAGAUUUUUGUAUUUAUAGUGGACCUUCUCCAGAUGUUGGAGAUGAAUAUGACCAUUGCCUUCCCUGCUGCCCCCCUCCUCACUGUCAUCCUGGCUUUAGUGGGGAUGGAAGCCAUCAUGUCUGAGUUUUUCAAUGACACAACCACUGCCUUCUACAUCAUCCUCAUUGUAUGGUUGGCAGACCAAUAUGACGCCAUCUGCUGCCACACCAAUACGAGCAAGCGCCACUGGCUGAGAUUCUUUUAUCUGUAUCACUUUGCCUUCUAUGCGUAUCAUUACCGAUUUAACGGCCAGUACAGCAGUCUUGCUCUGGUCACUUCCUGGCUCUUCAUUCAGCACUCGAUGAUCUAUUUUUUUCACCACUACGAGCUUCCGGCCAUCCUGCAGCAGAUUCGGAUCCAGGAGAUGCUGCUUCAAAAUCAGCAGGUGGGUCAAGGAAACCAGACCGCAUUGCAGGACAAUCUCAACAACAACACUAGCAGUGCUGCACCCGCCGGUCAGGCUAACGCAGGCGCUAAUGCAAACCCUAGCGGCCAGGACCGGCAAGCCGCUCCCGACCAACCCCAACUGGAAACUCACAACGGCUUGGUGGUCAAUACCGGUCUGUCCGGCGAACCGUCAAACUCCGAUCUCGACUGGAUGGCCGAGAUCGCCAUCGGACCGGACAUCCUGUCAGUUCCACACUUGGGCGACUCUCUUUUGGAGCCGGGAAGGAGCCAGGAGCCGGAGCCGUCGAGUGCAGGGGCAUCAGAGCAGCGUGCUUCGAGCACAGCGGGAGAGAACCAAGCCGGAAACAUUAACUCAGCCGGUGCUCCGGCGGCAUGGGGUUGCGCUCAGGGUCUGGGGCCUCCUGGUGGUGGAGGAGGGCAAACAGAAUCGGAAACGUCCUCCCAGGUGAACUCAAACACAGACUGCAGAGUUGCAGAAACGUUUAAAAGCGCCACGGACUGGGACGACAAGACGGAGAACAAAAGCGAGAGCUCGGACUCGCACUCUGCCCCGGCUUGAGUCACACACCCCCAUUCUGAAUGAAUGAAUCCACGCUCUACAGUCACCACCCCUCUCUGUAAAUUUAUUCCAGAAGGCAUCAAGAGGAGAAGCUGUGAUGGAGCUUUAUGUAAUUACAUCCUGGAAACCUCCAACGCGAACAUGAGGAGGGCCGAAGCAGACUUCCGCCACCUAGUCAUGUUCUUAAGAGCAAAUUCGUAUUGAAUGGUCCAAAUGAUGCCACGUGUGGGGGUGUGAUCUUUUAUAUGUGAUUUCUUUUUUUCUUUUUUUUUUUAUGAUUGAAACUUUUAAUACAGGGAGUAUUCAGUUUAAAAAGUGAUGUAUCGCUCGAUAACGGUACUUUUGGUUUCUCCUGAAUAUGGAGUUGCAGGUAUCAGUGGGCCAUGCAGGCAUCAUCAGGCAUCGUCUUAUUUCGAAUCUGAAUACAAGUCGCACUUUGCACAUCUCGUGCAAGGACUGUUUCGGCUUUCUUUCCAUUCCUCUAAUGAUAUUACAUUAAUGCUGCCUACUUGAAGCAGUGAAAAUUAAGAGCCCCGCUAAAAUGAUGUUUAGGCCUCUACUACCUUGUUCACUACAGCAAGCCGCCAAAAAUGUUGCUUACGCGAUAUUAAAUCCUGCUUGUGGCCGUUGCAUUCAGAUAUGGUGUUGUCCUGGGAAUGGAGCAGCUUGACUCCUGAAUCCAAUGCUAUUGGUGGUCAGAGUGCUUUGUUGUAGUUUAUUGGUCAAAAGAAGUGGAACGGCACGCUCGGAAUAAGUCCUCCUUGCACACGAUACUCUUGUCUAAAUCAUGGGGUCACAUCUGUGCUGUGUAGUCCUCAAGAGACGUUUGUUUUUGUGGUUAGUUUAGUCGGACAUUGUCUUUUGCACAGACUCAUCAGCGAGUCGUCGGAUUUUCUUCAGGUCAAGUCUGGCUUCGAGAGAGUCGGUGUAUAGAUUAUUGCCUUACGCUUCUAAAACCGAACUUUAACCUUGUAUUUCCGUCUUUGGCCAAGUACAUCGGGGUCGAUAGCCUUACCGGAGGCUUCAAAGCCAAUAGAGAAAAUAUCAACCGAAGCAAGAAUGAACAUGUAGUUGCUUUAGCAGAAAAAAAUUUCGAAACGGCAGUAAAGGUCAGACCGUACCCAUUUCACGUAAAGCUGAAGUCACUGAUCCAGAAGUCCGUUGUCUUUUCAUAUUCUGCUUCUGUACAGGUUUCUCCACAUGUUUGACUUUGGCUGUUUCAAACGAUCUUCGUGACCAUGUGUAAAAACGUCACUAAACGCACCGCAAACUAAGAGAACAAAGGAAACCGUUGGAUGGGGAUGGUCAUUUAAAGGCUAUGCAACAAUAUGGCAAGUAAAAGCCAGGCUCUGGAUUUUUUUUUUUUUUUUUUUCAAAUUGUGCAAUAUUUUCUAAGGCUCAGAUCCAUAAAGGAUAAUAGGUCUGAAAGAGUGAUUUAUGAUCGGUUCCUCAAUAUUAAUUUUUUUUUUUUUCUGUGCCUAUUUGCCAUUGUCAGAGGAAACGGAUGAUUGUAGUGUUUAGAUGCAUUGUGUAGGAUGUCUAGACAGGAACUGAAACAAAUUAUUCUCAGUUCUGUGAUUCUGUCAUUCAAAUGUAUUUAACUGUAAUGUUUAAAAACUGCAUAAAGAGAUGAAAUUAAUUUCCACUUGGAA